GAACAAACGAAGAAAGCAACAAAAAACCAAUUGGAAAAAAGUAGAGUUGUGAGCAAAAAUUCAUUGUUAAACAAUAUUAAAAAUAUACGCAAAAACCUGUUAUUUAUUGUGCAAAAAGUGUGUAAAAAUAUAAAAAACAUGUAAAUCAAUCAAACGACGCACACAAAUCAAUGAAAAAUUAAUUAACUAUUCAUCUAAAAGCAGACGAAAAAAAUUUGCAAGGAAAAACGAAAAAAUUGUGUUUGCUCAUUAUUUUAUAAAGUGUCUCGCGGGGGCUGUUUGCAUUAUCCCGUAUUAGCAUUUUUCCAUUGGCUUGUGAAUUCGGUAAUAAAAAAAAUUGAAGGAAAUACAAUACAAAAACAAAUAAUUAUAAUUUCAUAAUAGAAAAAAGACGACUUAAAAAAGUUGAUAUAUUGUUUUUUAAUUAGUUUAUUUUGUGUUACAAAUUUUUAGCGCGUAAAAACGCUGUGUGCAUAAAAGAAUAUUUUUUCUUCGUUGCAGACUUGAUCAAAGAAAAUUUUAAUAUUCUGAAAGUGCCUACUGACCUUGCUUGGAGCAAUCUGCUGUUGCAACUGGUCAAAACUGUACAAAUGAUUGGAAAAUUCCAUGAUACGGUGAUGGAUGAAAAAAGUAUGAUGAAGGUAACCAUUGAUAAAUUUUUUCAAUUACAAAAACGUGUUACUAACUCUGAGGUAAUGCUUGGUGGCAGUGCGGAUCGUUUAUGCACACCAAGCACAUCAGCUGGUCCAUUUCGAAUAUUUUCAGUGGCCGGUUUCCAAAAUCGGACAAAUGAUAUUGUGUAUUGUCCUCCGAUUAUAAGACAACAAAAUCAAAAUGUUGAAGACUCUACGGCAGUUGUUUACUUUGGCGGUGAUGUCCAGGAUUUUCCUGAGAGCAUGGAAACAAAUCGUGACAGUCGGGGUUACAUGAAAUAUAAUUUAGAAAAUUCUGCUAUUUUGCUAAGAGAAGCAUUUCCACGUUCGCAUAUAAUAGUCGUGCGUCCAGUGAGAAUGGAAUUCAAGACAUUUAGUUGUUUUGAUAAUUUUGUACGUGGAAAUAACGCUGGUGUGCCGGAUCACACCCCCAUGAACCAUGCCUUGCAACAUUUGGAAAAAUUGUUACAAAAUUUAUCGCAGCGUUUGAUUUCUAUACCAGAAAAUGAAAUAUUAGAUCAAGCGGCGCAGGCAGCAGCAGCUGCUGCCGCUGUAGCUGCUGCAGCCGCUGCUGCUGCACUGGUAUCAUCCACCCUAUCAAAUGCUUCGUCAGAUUCUUCUUCGUCAUCUUCUAAUGCCAGUGAUAGUAGUCAGGAAAUGGACAUUGAUAUUUUGCAGGUUCAAGAAAAUGUCACUGUUGAUGCAGAUGGUGCUGUUAUCUUUUCCAAUUCUAGUGAUUUAAAUAAUACAUCUUCAAAUAAUAGUGGUUCAUCAGUUGCUGGCACUGAUAAUGAUACUUCAGUGGCAGCAGUAGCACCGCUAACAAGUGUUUCAUCUACUACAACAUUAGCUUCAACAGGUUCUUCUUCCUCGACUGCUGCAGCAGCAACAAAUACAACACUACAGCAAAGUGAUGUAACAACACAGUCUCAACAAAAUAAUGAAAAUUUACAACAUUUUAACAAUUUAAACAAUAGCAACGAUUGUUCCUUACAGCAGCAACAACAACAGCAAUCAUCUAAUCAACAGCAACAGAAUCCUUUGUGGUGGCGUGAAAAUCUCAACUUAGACAAAUCAAAAUUGAUUAUAAUCGGCUUUAGCAAGGGUUGUGUCGUUCUCAAUCAAUUCAUAUACGAAUUUCAUUACUUAAAAACUCUUACACCCGAUGAUAGUACUAUGGGACGUUUAUUGUCUCGUAUUAAAGACAUGUAUUGGUUAGAUGGUGGGCACGGGGGUCAAAAGAAUACAUGGAUUACUUCCCGAAGCUUAUUAGAAACCUUAACAAGAAUGGCCAUUAAUAUACAUGUUCAUUUAACACCAUAUCAAGUGCAAGACGAUCGACGACCUUGGAUAAGAAAAGAGGAGAAAACAUUUACCGAUCUUUUAAGACGUUUGGGCGCUCAAGUUACACGCCAUUUACAUUACGAUAGUCAGACAGCCAAUUUAAUGACACAUUUUGAAGUAUUACAAGCAUUUUGCCAGCAUAUACACAAUCAAAAUCAACAACAGCAAUUACACUCGCAACAGUUGCAGCAGCAAGGAGGACAAUUGACACAACAACAAACACCUAAUAAUGCACAAAACAAUGAUCAACAGCAUCCACAGCCACAAUCGCAGACGUCUGAAGAAAAGUGACAUCGCCACCAUCAUCAUCAUCACCACCACCGAAGACGUUCUAAUCACCAUCAUCAUCAUAAUUACCAUAAUCAUCAUCACCAUGGCAAAGUGUCUUCAUCAGCUUCAGCUUCUUCUUCUCACAAACAAAAACAACACAAGCAACAACAGCAGCAGCAACAGCAACAACAGAAUCAUAUUUUACAUUGUAUUGCUUCAGCUGCUGUUGCAGCAGCUUCAUCAUCUUCGACCACCACUAGCGGUUUAGCUGCCGCAGCAGCAGCUUUAAUAUCACAAUCGACAGUGGCUGCGGUUGCCGCUGCUACGGCUGCUUCCUCAGUUAACUUAAAUGUUACUUCACCUACGUCACUUGCAUCGGCCACAGCAUCAUCUGUUACCAAUUCAAUUGUAAAUAUCAAUCAUCAAAAUCAUACAAAUUUUUUUAAUUAUCAAUCCUAUCAAACACCCCAACGUUUUCGCCAUAAUUAUAAUACAACAACAGCAACACUAUUGAAUAAUACACAACAACAACAACAGCAUCAAACGCAACAACAUCUUGCUACAACUACUACAGUUCAUCAACAUCACCAUCAACAACAGCAGCAGCAGGUACAACAGCAAUUAUCCUCUAAUGCAAUUAUAGGAAUUAAUGCUAAUUCAAAUACUGCUGGUACGACUACAACUUCUUCAAAUAUUAAUCAUCAUGCGCACAACAACAAUAAUACUAAUCAUCAUAAUCAUACUCACCAGUGUAAGUCCAAACGUAAGUUACAAAAGUUGUAUUACACGCUGUGUCGUUGAAUCUCUUGUUUGUUGUUCUUCAUUUAUUUAGGUAAACAAUUAAAUAUUUACAUAUUAAAUUGCGAAUUGUCUUUAAAAAAUGUGCGUUAUAAGCAUAUUUUUAUUUUCAUAUACUUAUAUACUAGAGUAUAUAAUAUAAUUUUUAAUUAUUUCAUUUUCAUUUAUUUCGUUAAAUAUAAAUUGAUUUCCUUUUAUAGAUGUUUUUUUGUUCCAGUGCAAUAAAAAUUUACAACAUUUUUGUUUUUCUAAACAUUUAUGUGUAUAAUUACAUUAAAACUGAUUUUUUACUACCUAUUUAUAUAUUUUCUCGGAAGGUUUCCUCUAACGAUUUGUAUGUAUUUGAUUUCGUAGCUAAUAAUUGGUCAAUUCAUCAACUGUAUUUAAAUGUUACAAUGAUUUCUAAUGAAUUGUAUUCAAAAAUCUUAAAUUAUUUACAAUUUACUUUUAUAAAUUACUGCAAUUUUGUCCACACUGAUAAACAAAUUCCAUAAUUUCAAAGUUAAAUUAAAUAUUACAUUUCUAACGUUACGUUCAAUAAGUUCAACAAGCGAAUUCUUACAGAUUUCGUUCCAAUUGUUUAUAUUUAUUAAAACUUGUUUAAAUAGAAUUUUAUAAAAAUAUCGAUUAAUACAAGUUCUUUAAACAUUACAGUAAAUUUUGGAAGAAGAUUCUUAUUGUUUAAAUUAACAUAUCUAAACAAUUUAUUGGUCACUUAUAGACUGAUUUUAGUAGGAUUAAAUACGAAACGUUUGAGAGGUAUUGCUACAACUUUUAAGGCAUCUAACGCUUUCACUAAACAUUUGUACAAACACCUUUUUGGAAUAUGUUUUUAUAUUAAAUAGUUAUUUCAGAUACAAUUGUGUUGUCAAUACAUAAUAUCCAUAUUCAGUGAAUAGAAAGAAAAUGGACCCAUAAAACAUAAACUCUUAUCAUUGCUAAACACAUUUAUAACACAGUGUUUUUAUUUUGAUUGAGCAUUUUAAUCAUCUAAGUAAAAAUAUCGAAGUUGUCCCUAUUAUUUACAGCACACUAGAAUUUGUAGAAAAAUUUAUAAUUAUUUUAUUUUUCAAUAAAACCAUUUUGUUUUAGUGAUGCUUUUUGUUUUACAACUUUACUUAAAUUUUUUAUAAGUUUUUAAAAGGUUACAUAUAUAAAAAAGAACAUAAUGAAGAAAGAAAUUAAAAAAGAAGGAAAAGAAAACACAUAAUAAAUUAAGUAUUAAAUAGCUUUUAGGUGAUAUAUUUACAUAAAUAUAAAUAAUUAAAAAAAAUUAAUAGAAAACCUAAGAAACAAGUUAAACAACCA